AUGUCUAUAUUAGACCUAUUUAUAUCAUCGUUGGAGGUGGCACUGAUUCCACAAGUGGUGAAAUUGAUACAGCUCGCGCUAGCCGCUCUCACGGUUCUGCAUCUCGGCGCCGACAACUAUCCGCCACAGGCAACGGUCUCCGAUGGAGAUCAGUUUGACUUUAUCGUGGUGGGCGCUGGGUCGUCUGGCGCGGUGGUCGCCGCCCGCCUUUCCGAGAUAGCUGACUGGAAGGUGCUGCUCAUCGAAGCCGGAGACAACCCACCUAUUGACUCUGUGAUUCCCGGUUUGUUUCCUUUUGUGGACUACUCUAUGGCUGACUGGAACUACUACAGCGAAGAUGACGGGUAUUCCGUCCAGGCUCAUAAGACGAAAACCAUCCAUUUAACUAGAGGCAAGAUGCUUGGGGGUUGCAGUGGCGCCAAUUAUAUGUACUACGUGCGAGGCAAUAAGGCCGACUACGAGCAAUGGGUCGACCUGGGUGGCGAUGGAUGGGAUUGGGACAAUGUCACUUACUACUUCAAAAAGAGCGAAGGUCUUAACAGCUCAGAGAUCAUGAACUCAGAUUCUGCUGAUCUGCACAAUACUGAUGGCCCCUUGGGAAUUACACGGCCGACUUGGGAUGAAGAUACUGAAAAUUAUCUCGAGGCUUUCGGUGAGAAGCAUAAAAUCCUCGUCGAUACGAAUGGCUACGAGCAGAUUGGUUAUUCACUACCACAGUACACGAUUGCUGACAAAAUACGACAGAGCACCGCAGUGGCGUUCCUCAGACCAAUCAAAGAUCGAGAAAAUCUAUUUGUCCUCAAAAACACCUUAUGCACUAAAAUACUUUUCGAUGAAACUAUGACAGCUACCGGCGUACAAGUGAAAUUACCAAACGGAGAAACGAUAAGUCUUUACGCUACUAAAGAAGUUAUCCUCUCCGCAGGUGCUAUAAAUACUCCUCAGCUAUUAAUGUUGUCGGGAAUUGGACCUAAAGACCAUUUGACUGAAAAAGGUAUUGAAGUAUUGUUAGACGCACCAUUAGUCGGUCAAAACUUACAAGACCAUGGAUAUGCAACGGUAAUACUAACGGCUAAAAAAGGAAUCCAAUCAGUAACUCAGAACCUUGAAGUUUUUACAAACUUAGACCAAUUUCCGACACCUACCAUAUACGGGUUUGCUGCUCUAUCAAACACCAGCACAGUUCCAGAAUACCAGGCACAGGUGUUCCCACUUCCAGCUGGCACAAUUAUCUCGACGUUGAUCUGUUCUUACGUAUUUGGCCUGGACGAUACGAUCUGCAAAGCUGUUGCACUGGCGGGCCAGGAGCAGGAAACUCUUUUCACGACAAUAACACUUCUGCAUCCGGAUUCCAGAGGAUACGUCGAGUUGAGCGAAAACGAUCCCGAAGUCGCUCCAAAUAUAUUCCUCAAUUACUAUGCAAAUGACACAGAUUUGGAGAAUCAUGCAAAAUAUUUAGAGGACUACUUGGAUGUUUUAAAUAGCACGUAUAUGAUGAGCUUGAAUUCUGAAGUUGUAAAUCUGCAGGUACCUCAGUGUGUUGACAUAGAAUUUAAUACUCAUGAUUACUGGAAAUGCCACAUCUUGAACUCUGCCUCAACUCAGUGGCACCCAGCGGGGACUUGUCCAAUGGGUGUUGAAGGAGAGAGUGUCGUAGAUGCUGAAUUGAGGGUAUGGGGUAUUACAGGGCUAAGGAUUGCCGACGCGAGUAUCAUGCCGACUAUAACUAGUGGCAACACUAAUGCUCCCUGUAUAAUGAUUGGAGAAAAACUGGCUGAUAUGAUUAAACAAACAUAUGGUCAAUAAAAGCACAAAU